AUGGAUAGUAAUGUGAAAAAGGUAUUCGAAGAUGCAUUCCGACAAUUAUCUGAGAUCAUUUUCAAAUGGAAAUAUGAAAAUGAAGAAAGAGGAGAUGUACAUCUUCAUAACGUCAUUAAAAGGAAAUGGGUAUCGCAGAACGAUCUUCUCAAUGAGUUUCCUCUUGUUAAACUUUUCCUUUUAUUAACUAUACAUUCCGAUAUGCUGUAUCAUUACAAGCUUUUGGCUUUUACAUCUCACUGCGGUCAAAAUAGUCUCAUGGAAAGUAUCAGUGCUGGAGUACCACUCAUUUGUAUACCACUGUUUGCUGAUCAAUUUAGAAAUGCUACGAUGGCAAAGAAUGGAAAUGCAGCGGUUAUCUUGAAUAGAGAAAAUCUUACAGCAGUUGGCUUAUCUUCUUCACUUAAAACUAUCAUCAAUGAAGAAAGAUAA